UGUGUUCACUGGGAAGAGUUCUGUUGUUCAUUAGCCUUGAAAUAAAGGUAUUUUCUGUUUAAAUCUGCAUUUGGGUCCUGCCUGCUUCACUCAACCCUGACAAUGCGCUCAUCUUGACUGAAUCACUGUGGAGAGUCGAUAUAACAAGAAAUGUAUGAGAGAAAAGAAGACGGAGCUUCUUUGAGGAAGCGACACAUUUCUAAUAUUAGGAAGAACUUCCAACAUUUCUCUUUAAGAGGCAGCCGGUCUAGAGACUUACACGGAUACAAGAGACACGAUGGCCGAGUUAAAACGGAUUAAAAUGUCUUCACUUCUUAUUCUGCUGCUUCAGUUUACAGGGGCUGCAAUUGGACAGCGAUCCCUCUACCUCUCUGUCAGAGCUGGAGAUGAAGCCACUUUGCCGUGUAACAAUGUGUUCCAUGAUCAGGAUGAAUGUGAUGGUACUACCUGGCUCUUCACUGAUUCAGGAAGUACAGUAAUGCUGGUUAAAGGUGGGCAGAUUGGUGACCAUGCUAAAUCAGACAGACUGAGAGUUACAGAGAAAUGUUCUCUGGUUAUAAAGAAGGUCACAGAGGAGGAUGCUGGUCACUACACCUGCAGACAGUUCAGAUUCGGAGAACAACGAGCUCCAGACUCUUGGGUUGAUCUGUCUGUUGUUACCAUGACUGAGCAUCAGGACAAUGAUGAGGUGACGUUACGCUGCUCUGUGGGGCCAUAUAGACGGUGUAGACACCCACCGAAGUGGCUGCUUCAGGGUCAAGAUGUGGAUAAAGAUCACAACGAUAUAAAAACAUCACAGUCCUCCUGCUCUGCCUCUGUGACAUUUCCAACUUCUCAUUAUAGUUACACAUCAAGGUCUAAGCGUUUUACUUGUGUAGUAACAGCUGGUUCCAACGUGCAGACCUUCAGCCUUCAGUCCUCAGGUGAGGACACGGCAGCAGCAGAGAGCGACACCAGAUCAGCUUUCACUACGACAGCUUCUGUGAUCACUGAAGAUUCAGCAAAACUACAAGGUCUCUUGAGGCUCGUCCUCGUGUCUGUGGGUUUAGCCGCUCUCAUAAUGAUUGUCGUGGCGGUCAACAUAUGGACGAGAACUAAAGAGAAGCAAACACAGAUGGAUGAAAUCAAUGUGCGUUAUGAUGUAGAUGAUGGUACAGUGAACUAUGAAAACAUCAGACCUCCUGAUGGAGUUUGAGCAACACUUCUGCCUCCAUCAGACUCCACUGAUCAACAACGUCUACAUCUAUCAUCAGGAGUGGAAGAUUAUACACUCAUUCUGAAUGACAUAUUAUUUCAUUUUAGUCUUGAUCUAAUAAACCACUGGAUGUCACUGUAAA